AGAGGUAGUCUUAGAAUAAAGUUCUGCUUGGCAUGACUUUUUGAGGCUUGAGCUGGUUAUAUAGAAAUGACGGGAAAACUGAUCAAGAAAGUUUUGUUGCAUGCCAACAAGUUAUGCGUGUUAUCAUGGAUUGCAGGAGUGGUUUGGUUUACCUUGCUUAGCCAUUAUAACUUCAGUGCAUCUUGCUAUUUCUCGGAGAAUGCUUUGUUGCCUGGCUUGGUUGACCCUCAAUUCCUGGUGUCUGAAAGAGAAAUUUCCGAAGUGAAUAAAAAGUUUUCUCGCAGCGGCAGCUCGGUUCAAGCAUUGACAAAGAAUCUACAAAAAGCUGGGUUGGAGGUUUAUUCACAAGACUUUUCCUACUACAGUGAUUAUUUACAGAGCAAAUAUCCAACAGAACAAAAUGGGACAAAUGUUUAUGCUAUUGCUCGUGCAGCAAGAGGGGCUACAACUGAAUCUAUAAUUUUGAAUAUUCCUACAACAUGGGGCAGUUUAAAUCAUGCAACUGGAAUUGCUGUUCUGUUGGCUCGUCAAAUAAGAGGCCAGAUGCAUUGGGCAAAGGACAUUGUAUUUUUGUUUAGUGAUUCAGGUUUAAACGGCAUACAAGCUUGGUUGAAUGAAUAUCAUGGAAUUUCCUCAUCAAACAUUAAAGCUGCACAACUACCAUCCAGAGCUGGUGCCAUACAAUCUGCUGUUGUUUUAAAUAUUAACGAUCCAAACUUGAGUUAUUUGAAUCUUCGAAUCGAAGGUUUUAAUGGACAACUUCCCAAUCUUGAUCUCGUUAAUCUAGUACGGAAGAUCUCACAAGAUAAUCAAAUGCCAAUUGCAAUAAAUCAUAAGUUUUCUCCAUAUGAUCCACUCUCCAUGGAAAGUUUCAAACAAUUUUUAUUAAGCACUUUGUUAAUCAUGAAACAACAGAUCACUGGCACCUCUAGUGGAAAUCAUGGCGAGUUUCUGCGACAUAAUGUCGAGGCACUCACCAUUGAAGGUGUUUACAAUCCACAACAUGGGAAUGCUGGCUUAGUUCGUGUUGGGAAAAUGGUUGAAGGAAUUUGUCGCAGCUUAAACAAUUUGCUUGAGAGGUUUCAUCAGUCUUUCUUCUUCUACUUUCUUCCUUCCCUUGAAAGAUAUGUUUCAAUUGGAAUGUACAUGCCAGCUCUGGGUUUAGUGCUUUUGGCACCAGUACUGAAAGCUCUUACUCUGCUUUUGGAGAGCAUGAUGAAUGAAGAAGAUGAUGAAAAGGAAGGAAAAUCAUCCACUCUUGUUGAUGAGGAUGCAAGUGAUGAAAAGUUAGAACAACUUCUUCAGGAAACGGGAUCCACCUUCGCUGAUGAACAAGUGCAACACAAUUCAUCCGUUUGGCAGCCAAUUAUUCUGGUGAUUGUAAUUUGUCAUAUAUUAGGAGUCUGCUUGCACUAUGCACCAAAGUUUUCAGUCAUUUGGGCCGAGAUGUUUCAAUGCUCUCAAGUUCAAGGAUUUUUACUUCUGUUGGUUUCAGUCAACAUAGUAGGCAUGUUCCUGCCUUAUUAUAUAAGUUUACCAGAUGCUUGCAAAGUUCACUUCCGAAUUGUGACUUUAAUACAAACAGCUGUGACCUUUGGUACAUUGUCUAUUAUCAACUUUCCUCUUGGUGGAUCUAUUGGAUUAUAUGUUGUUUCAACAACAUUGUUUGUCCAUUCAAACAAAGGAAGGUUAAGGUACCUGAUAAGGUUCAUGGUUCUGCUGUGUUGUCCUAUUGUGCUGGCAAUACUUGCAACCUGCUACCUUAAACUGGAUGAAGGAUAUAGUGAAAUAUUUGAAACAUUUUCUUCAGUUAUCACUCAGUUGUAUGAACUGCAUAUGAUCAACCGUAGCUGGGUGUACGGUUUUGUUACUGUGAUAUAUUUCCCCUUGUGGUUGCAGUUUUGGUUUAUGGCUUCUUAGUAAAUUUGCAGGUUGUUUUAUAUUAUUGUGUACCGUGUAGUAAUACCUUUCAAUUUACACUGGGCCAGGAAUUACCCUUGACUUCAUAGUAGCAAGAAUGUCCGAGUAUUUCAAAUCAUGUCAAUUCGUGAGAAGAUAUUUGUACAGGAAAAUUUUAAUAAAUAAAAAUGUAACCAAUGCUAUUAGUUGUAGGAAUGCAAUUGUGAAAUACAGUAACUUUGUGAUAGCGAAA